GUUAUGUCUCCUCUCGAUCGACCCAUCUACUUCACGUUGAAGGCCGCCGAUAUGUUGUACAUCCAGGUGCAAACAGCCGAUAUCACCCUGUACAUGAACAUUCACACCACCCUGUACACUCAAUCCAAAGUGACGCCAGCGUGUGCGCAUGUGUAGACAGACAUUCUGGUGCUAGGAUUUCGUUGUAUCUGGCCCGGGUACCCCGUGGGUGAAAUCGUGAACCAGGAUCCAGGAAUGGGAGAUGGGAGCACUCACCACGCUUGAACCUCUGGACACAACACGUCGGCUCCCGGAUCUACCUAUCGAUCGCGCGGUCGACUAGAGCCUGGAUCCCUUAGGAGCCCUAAGUACCACAACUGAAGACGAUGAACUUACUUUGCCCAGAGCAAGCAUCAAUAAAAUGAUCAAAGAAUUAGUACCAUCUGUUCGAAUUGCUAAUGAAGCUAGGGAAUUAGUUCUGAAUUGCUGUACGGAGUUCAUACACCUACUCAGCUCAGAGGCAAAUGAAAUAUGCAAUCAGCUGCAUAAAAAGACCAUCAAUGCAGAGCAUGUUGUGAUGGCUCUGAAUAGACUAGGCUUUGUAGACUACACAGCAGAAGCGGAAGCGGUUCUGAAAGACUGCAAAGCUGUAGCGGCAAAACGACGCAGACAGAGCACAAGAUUAGAGAAUUUGGGCAUCCCAGAGGAAGAGCUACUGAGGCAACAGCAGGAACUAUUUGCUAAGGCUAGACAGGAGCAGGCGAUAGUAGACCAACAGCAAUGGCACGAGUUGCAGGCCGCAGCACAGAAGGCGCACAUGGAAUCUUUACCGGCGACUGAUGAGGAUGAUGAUUACUCUUAAGAAAAUGGUAAAAUUAUCCCAGAAGCUAACAUUUGAACCUCUAAAUCCUAAUAAGCGAGUAAACUAGACCGAUUGAACUGGAACACGUUAAUCUGUUACAAAAUACCAUACUAGGUAUUUAACUGCUACUAUAUGAAUCCCCGAUUUUUUCAGUUUUUGGCUGCCAUUGCAUGGACGACAGUGGACAACAACGUUUUCACGCAGUUAUAGAAUAUUGACAUAAAACAGACAGAACUUGUAAUUCUAAUCUAAUUUUUCAGUUUUUCUAAAUGUGAACUGA